GCCGCGUUUGGGUGUCCCUGGGUGGCAGAGUCCCAGAGUUGGGAGGGGCAGAAGGCGGAACCCCCGGCCGGAGGCGAACGAGCCCACUCCCGCUGUUGAGGGGGUGCAGAUGUACUGUGCCUGAGGCCAAACUGUGUGGUCAACGUGGUCUGCUCCGCUCCCCAUUCCUCAGGAGCCCAUCAUGGCGACGCCCCCUAAACGGCGGGCGGUGGAAGUCACGGGGGAGAAAGUGCUGCGCUAUGAGGCCUUCAUCUGUGACGUGCUACAGCAGGACCUGCGAAAAGUGCUGGACCAUCGCGACAAGGUAUAUGAGCAGCUGGCCAAAUACCUUCAACUGAGAAAUGUCAUUGAGCGACUUCAGGAAGCUAACCCCUCGGAGUUAUAUAUGCAGGUGGAUUUGGGCUGUAACUUCUUCGUUGACACAGUUGUCCCAGACACUUCACGAAUCUAUGUUGCCCUCGGAUAUGGUUUUUUCCUGGAGUUGACACUGGCAGAAGCUCUCAAGUUCAUUGAUCGUAAGAGCAAUCUCCUCACAGAGCUCAGCGACAGUCUCACCAAGGACUCCAUGAAUAUCAAGGCCCAUAUCCACAUGUUGCUAGAGGGGCUUAGAGAACUACAAGGCCUGCAGAAUUUCCCGGAGACACCUCACUAUUGACUUCUUCCCGCCUCCGUAGACAUUAAAGAGCCUGAAUGCCUUUGA